AUGGCGGCCUCAACCUCUGCUUACCUGAAGCUCCUCAGCGUUGGUACUAAGAUCGUCGCCAUCGGCCGCAACUACGCCGCUCACGCCAAGGAACUCGGCAACGCCGUCCCCAAGGAGCCGGUGUUGUUUCUGAAGCCGACGUCGUCGUAUUUGGAAAAUGGAGGCACGAUCGAAGUUCCGCAUCCCUUGGAAUCGCUCGAUCAUGAAGUGGAGCUUGCCGUUGUGAUCGGUCAAAAAGCUCGCGAUGUUCCUGAGGCCACUGCUAUGGAUUAUGUUGGAGGUUAUGCACUUGCACUGGAUAUAACUGCAAGGGAAAUCCAGUCUUCUGCCGAGAAGCAAAUAUUCUUUGGCUUUUAUCCCAAUUUAAUUUGUGGAAUCUUAUUCAAAUAA